AUGAAACAGAUAUGUGGAGUGAAGUGGAGAGGAGAGGAGAGGAGUGGGAAGGGGAGGAGGGUGGGGGAGGAGCGGGUGGGGAGGGGAGGGGAGGGAGGGAGAGAGGAGAGUGGGAGGGCUGAGAGGGGAGGAGGAAGUGGGGAGGAAAGAGAGAGGGAGGGAGGAGGAGAGGGGAGGUUAUGGGAGGAGGGAGCAGUGGGGUGGAGAGGGAGGAGAGGGAAGAGCGGAGAGGAAGAGGGAGGGGAGGAGUGGAGAGGGAAGGAGCUGAGUGGGGUGGGGGAGAGGGAGGGAGGGGAGGAGGAGGAGAGGGAAGGAGUUGAGUGGAGAGGGGAGUGGAGCGGAUGGAGAGGGGAGGGGAGAGUUGGGGGAGGGGUGGAGUGGAGAGGAGCGGAGCGAAUAGAAUCUAUCAAUGAGCUGUUCAACUAG